UAGAAUUUCAAGUUUUUGACAUUUCUCGGCUUCCACAGUGCAGUAUUCAAAUCUAUGGUGGAUAACAGUACAUGAUUUAUUCAGUCCUGUCUCUUGAUGUUUUAAGGGUUUGGUACGUAUCACCACGUAGUUUUCCAUUUCAUGAAAUCAACAUGAAGGUUAUUGAAAGGAGGUUAUUCAGAAUUUUGCGAUUCCGAAAUUAUUCUACACAAACUACAGCUGCGUUCUCCAACGAAUCCCCGGGAGUGAAACCAUUUGAAAAAGUUCCCGGAGCCACAGGAAAAUUUGCAUUACCUGUUGUUGGUAAUUUUCUUUUGGGGAAGUCUUUAGGUUGCUUUCCAGAUUAUGAUUUGAGAAAGUAUUUAACCGGUCUCCAAAAGACAUAUGGUGAUAUUGUGAAAAUAAAAUCGACACGUUUCAAAUGGACAGUGCUUCUUUUUCACCCGGAUUUCGCAAAAGAGGCUCUAGAAAUAAAGUUGAAAUACCCGUACCGCCCUGUUGUGGAUAUCGUGGCUGUAUACAGUGAAAAGAAAAAUCUGGGCCAAAAUCUGGUAACAUUAAAUGGCGAAGACUGGGCUAAGCUUCGUAAGCCAACCCAGGAGUUGAUUCUGAGGCCCGUUGCUGUAGCAACAUACGUGGGCACCCUGUCAAGUGUAGCAGACGACUUUGUAGACAAAUACAAAAAUGGCGGAACAAUUGACAACCUCAGAGAAGCUCUUUCCAAUUACGCCUCUGAAAGUGUGGGCAUGCUAUGCUUCAAUCGACGUCUUGGAUGCCUGGAUAAGGAGCCCAUAAUCAACAUCCAGUUAUUAGACGACGUUCUGGAGGUCAUGGAACAAGACUUGAAGAGUAUAAGUGGAGUUAAAUUGUAUCGUUUCUUUCCGACACCAUCAUACAGAAAAUUUGAGAAAGGAGCAGAUCAUGUUUGUAGCAUUUGCCACGCUGAGAUAAAAGUUGCACUGGAAAAGCUAGAAAAUGCGAAAAACGAAGGGAAGUUGGAAGAAUACCUCCAACAGCCGAAUUUGCUCAAUUCAUUAUUAAGUCACCCAGAAAUGACGCAAAAGAUGGUUGAUAGAACUCUGAUGGAUCUAUUUUUUGCUGGAGUUGAUUCAACUUCAAAUGCUUUAACAUUUUUGUGGUUCGAACUGGCAAAGAAUCCUGACAAGCAAGAAAAACUCCAUCAGGAAAUCAUGACAGUGUGCGGGAAAAAUGACGUCACAAAAGAGGCGCUGGCAAAAAUGUCCUACCUGAAAGCCUGUGUCAGAGAAGCGAUGAGGAUUUAUGUCCCUACGUCACCGGGAAUGUACCGCUGUCUGGACCAUGAUGUGGUCAUUGGGGGAUAUCACAUUCCUGCGAAGACAGAAAUUAUUCCCUGCCUACAGAAUAUGUGCGAAGACCCUCGAUUCUUCAAAAGCCCAGAACGCUUUCUUCCUGAGCGUUUUGUACGGAAUGAUAAAUCCUUGAGUGACGAAUACAAAAACACGAAUCCUUUUGCCACCCUUCCAUUUGGUUUUGGCCCUAGAAGUUGUGUUGGACAACGAUUUGCAGAAACAGAGAUGUAUGUCAUCACAGCAAAGUUUUUUCAGCAUUUUGAAGCCAGACUUCCACCGGGGACAAAUCACAACAUGGAAUACAGAUAUCGUACAUUUGCAACUCCAAAACAUGCUGUUAGUUUGGUGAUCAAACCAAGGACAGAGACGAAAUGAUUUUAUCCUUAAAACAAACGGCAAGCUUCUUUUUCGUGGGAGAGAUUUUUUAUAUUCUUUAAGUUUAUAUCAUGUUUUUCUAAUACCCUUGAAUUAGUGAGUAGCACUUUUCGUGGAUUUUCCAGAUGUUACAGUUCAGUCGGAAUGUGGAUACGUUUCUCUUUAUUGAAAUGGGAUGGUAUUCAUUAGAUAGUGGUAUCCACAAAAAUUGAAUCCCCACGAAUUCUUAUAAACUCCACAACUUUGUAUCGCCUCCAAAUAUAAUUCUGAGCGACCCUUUUCUUAUGAAAAA